UAUCCAAUAAUGAUGAAAAAACAGCACAAAUGUUGGAAAAAAGAGCAGAGGAGGUCACUGUUUACGAAACUUGGAGAGCCAAUCAACGCAAUCAGCGGCGGGUGACAGCGAAGGAGCGGCGGUAAUUGGAAGAAUAAGUGAACAGAGGAAGUGAGUCGAUUACUGAAGGAGGUAGAUCAUCGGCGAGAUUCGGUUGUGUGAGGUGAUGAUUCAUAUGUUGGUGUUGGAUUGGGAGAGAUAGUGGCAGUUGACCCAUUAUCAUUCCCUGGAUCUUGAUUUUUUCAAACCAUUUCCAUUUAUUUGUGUUGUUGCUGUUCAAACUUAGAUUGGAGAUAGUUUUAGCUUUGGUUGAUUGAAGGAGAUCUAUGGAUUUUGCAGAGAAAAAAGACGGGAGAGUGAAGAGAGAAGAAAACACUUUUUAUUCUAUUUUUAAAAAAGUAACAAUUAUUUAAGUGUUGUCAAAAUUCUACUGGAUGUGCCUAAAUAUUAUGUCUUAGGUAUGUGCUUAAGGAAGACUUUCUCAGCUUAGAGAUGAAGCCGGGUCCAGUUAGAAUAAAGACAUUGCGUUGGAAUUGAAACAUCCCACCGAACGAACGUUCCGCUCCAAAAAGUCUUCAUCUCCCUCACGCCUUUGCAACCUUCAACAGUUCUUCAUUUCACAUUUCACUUUACCCUUUUACAUCAAUCAAACACUCCACUUUAUCCAAUCCUAAUCCACGUGUCAACCUCCAAUUGGCCACUCCCCAGAUCUCCUAGUCCCACCACACCAGGUAGAAUUCAAUUCAACUGAAACAAGUAAACUACACGCCACUCUCACAUAAACAACGCUUCUUCUUCUUCUUCUUUCAAUUUCAAACAAAACAAACCAAAAAAAAAAAAAAAAUCUCAAAAUGUCUUCUAAACUAUGCGACUCUUGCAAAUCCGCCACCGCUACUCUCUACUGCCGCCCUGACUCCGCCUUCCUCUGCAGCGACUGUGACUCCAAAGUCCACGCAGCUAACAAACUCGCUUCUCGUCAUCCUCGCGUCACUCUCUGUGAAGUCUGUGAGCAAGCACCUGCACAUGUCACCUGUAAAGCAGAUGCAGCUUCUCUAUGCAUCACCUGCGACCGUGACAUCCACUCUGCUAAUCCUCUCGCCGCACGUCACGAGCGUCUUCCGGUUACUCCUUUCUUCGAAUCUAAAUCUUUUCACAAUAAUAAUAACAACUACGAUGCUGUUAAAGAUGAAGCUGAAGCUGCUUCGUGGUUGAUCUCUGAUCCGAAAGCAGAUCUCAACUCUUCUCCUUAUAUGUUCUCCGAUUCCGAAGCUAUUCCGUUUAUGGAUCUAGAUUACGGUGCAAUUGAACAAAAAAACGACGGUGUAGUUCCUGUUCACGGUAACUUCGAUCCUUUCACUUCUGCUUAUAAGAACAAUACACAUACAGAGUUAGAAACACCGUCACCGUCGCAGAUUAGUAACAGUGUUUCAUCGUCGAUGGAGGUUGGAGUUGUUCCGGAUGGAAACGCCGUAUCGGAGAUAUCAAACUGCGGAUACGGUAAAGCUGUGGCGGCUGAUCGUGAAGCUAGAGUGUUGAGGUAUAAGGAGAAGAGAAAGAAUCGAAGGUUCGAGAAGACUAUUCGUUACGCUUCUCGUAAAGCUUAUGCAGAAACUAGGCCUAGGAUUAAAGGGAGGUUUGCGAAACGCACCGAUGCCGUUGAUUCUAUUUCUGGAUACGGCGUCGUUCCGACGUGUUGAUCUUUGUUUCUUUCUUUGCUCUUGUUUGCUUCCUUUUCUUUUUUGCAUUUUUGUUUCAUGCUGUAUAUAUAUAACUUUUUGUUUGUUUUAAUUAUGUUAUGUAAAGUUUCAAACUGGUUUUGACAACGAUUUUGAAUGGUUUUUGGGGUGAAUUUUGUA